ACCACACCACCCACCAGUUUUCAUUUCCCAUCUCAUCUCUCUCAUCCCAUUUGAGAACUCUCUUCUCUCUCUCUCUCUCUCUCUCUCUCUCUCUCUCUCUCUUCCUGACCCUGUCUAAGCUUUGAGGUUGUGUUCAUAUCUCGGUUUCUGGUGUUUUUUUCUUUUUUCCAUUUUUACUUAAGAGAGAAAGAGAGGUGGGGUGGGGGAGGUUUUGAUCAUCUUUCAGAGUUUGCAGUUUGUUUCCUUGCAAGAAGAACAUUGUUUUAAACGGUUGUUCUUGCUGUUUUCAGGUCUUGACUUAGAUCUACCGCUCUAUCUGUUGCUCUUUGGCUGAUUUGCUGAAGAAGAAGAGUUUUUGAUAUUCUGUCUCCUGUACAUUGUAACUGCUGGUGAGUAUUUAAAUAAAUUCAACUUUGGCCCUAAUGCAAGGGCACAGGAGUUCUGUUAGUGCCUUGCCUGAAAAUCUGAGUUUCGAUCAUGGCUCUACGUCAAGUGAUGCUGGCAUAGAUCCCCAAAUGCCCUGGAAUAACAUGCAGACUUCUGCUCAAAAUCGGCUACCAGAAUAUAGAAUAUCAUCUAGUGAGACCAAUAUUCAAUAUCUGCAUCAUGUUGAGCAUGAGGGGUUAAAUGGGGAGUGGAGUUUGGGUGAAAGUAGUUCCAGUGCUGCACAAAGUCAAGGUGAUCCUAAUGAAAGAAAAAGAGAACAUGCAUGGGGCCUUCAAUCUGGAGCUGCUCGUGCAGUGGACGAGCGUCAGUAUGAAUCAUCCAAUAUUCUUUCAUUGGAAAAUGUUGAUGUAAAUGCAAAUGGCGACCAGACAGCAGAUAGGUCAUCUCUUCUGCAAAUUUCUGGCCAUGACGUCCUUCCGCAAGAUCUUAACAUGCGUUCAGAGUCAGGAGACCGUGAGGAAGAUGAAUAUCAUGUAGAGCGUCCAAAUACAUACAUAUCUAUUGGAUCAUCAAGCAGGCUGAUGCCAUCUUCUGGUGGUUCGUCUGAUUCUUUCGGGGUGCAUUCUGGAUGUGAUGGAUAUGUCAUGGAGGAGAGUGAAGACAGGCCAGGUUGUUCUUUGGAUGGUAGGCGCAUAUCAUGCAAGAGAAAAGCACUUGAAGUACAUGUUGGACAGUCGUCUGGUGCAGGAAGUUCAAAUUGUUUUCCGCAUUCUGAAAGAAGUCAAUGGCAUGCUGUACCGCCUGCUCAGAUUGCAGCCAGCAAUAUCAGUACUACAACCCAAACAGAAGGUGAACUGGUCAUUAACAAUGGGUUGGAGCAGAAUAAUCCAAGGCUUAGGCUUGGUGUUGGAGGAGCUGUUUCUGCAGAUCCUUUCUCUUUGACUGCCACAAUGCCUGAAAGUUCACGCACAAACUUCCGUUUGCGCAUCAAUGGAUUGCACCAGCAAGAUCAAAUGUCUAGCAAUCCAUAUCCAAUGGAGGCUGAUGCUGGGAAGUAGUGCUUCGCAAUCGCCUGUUUGACUUGCAUUCAGCUCCUGUUGUGGAAAAUGGAAGCCUUCGGGCUCAGUCAUUUCUUUCGCAUGUUCCUUCUGUUCGUCGAAAUCCUCAAUCUCGAUGGAGUGGAGCAUCUAGCUCAAGAACUAAUAUUUCAUCUGCUUCCGCUAUUUCUGGAGAGAGGGAUCCUAUGCUUUAUGAAGAUUAUACAUCACGAAAUAUUCCCAGAAGCAUUUCGGAAAAUCCUGUAUUUGUUCCUGCUGGUGAGAUGGGAAGUUCAUCCCAACAAACUAGAAAUUGGAACUUGACUGGUGGAAGUAACAGUAUUCCUGGAAACGUCGCUUCUACUUCUCGGCAGGGCUCUAGUUCAGGGGUUAAUUCAUCUGCACCUACUUGGUCUCAUCGGGGUUGUCCACAGUAUCCUCGGAGACUGUCAGAAAUUGUUCGGAGAUCUCUGUUAUCCUCGGCAGGUACUGAGUAUGGAGGUCAAAGUAGUGGUCAUGCCAUAAGGUCGAGUCCUUCUGCUGCCUCACAGGAGAUGCCCCUUCCAUCUGGAUCUGGUAGUCAAGGUCACCAUGCAUCGAACUCAAGGUCAGCAUUGUUGGAGAGACACCUGGAUGGUGCUUUGGGAAUACCUUAUUCACUGCGAAGCUUGGCUGCUGCUAGUGAAGGAAGAAGCAGUAUAAUGUCUGAGAUUCGCCAUGUCUUGGAUCUCAUGAGAAGGGGAGAGGGCUUGAGAUUUGAGGAUGUGAUGAUCCUUGAUCACUCAAUCUUUUUCGGGAUGGCUGAUAUACACGAUCGACAUCGGGACAUGCGAAUGGAUGUAGAUAACAUGUCUUAUGAGGAGUUACUGGCCUUGGAGGAGCGCAUUGGAAAUGUAUGCACUGGACUGAAGGAAGAAACCAUAAUGAGUCGUUUGAAGCAACAGAAAUUUGUCGGCAAAAAGGCAGAUGGCCAGUCCGAGACAGAGCCUUGCAGUAUAUGCCGGGAGGAAUAUAACGAGGGAGAAGAUAUUGGAACGCUGGAAUGCGGACAUGAUUUCCACAGGGACUGCAUUAAACAAUGGCUCAUGCACAAAAAUCUAUGCCCCAUUUGUAAAACGACAGGACUUACUACAUGAACCGGAGGCUGGCCAGCAAGUUCGGCCUUCCGCCGUUGGAAACAGGUUUUGCCGUCUUGAAUCACUGAAGGCACAACUGCUUACAGGCUCAGGGGCACUUAGUGGUUUCGUUGUUCUCUUUUUUAUCUCCACAGACUCGAUAAAUAUCUAAAUAUAUAUACAUAUUAUGCUCUCGUUGUGUGGAGGAUAAAUUUAUUUGCUUUCAGGUAAAAAUACUAUGGCGAAAAUCGCAUUAGAUAAUGGAAAUUUAACUAUUUUUAUUUGAUUAUCCUCGCGCUUUUAACA